AGCCUCCGGGAUCCUGGGUGUGUGCAGUCAGUCAGUCAGCACAGGCAGGCGGAGAAAACACCAGCAGCCACAUCGCAGCGUGAGUCCAGCCGUGCCUGUCAACUGUCACCUUGCCUGGAAACUUCUCCCUUUGCUCCAUCUGGCGGACCGAGAAUGGGAAACUACCCGAGCUAGUUCCCGAAGAGGACCUCAAUUCAGGGGCGGACUGCCCAAAGUGCCAGAUCGAUCCCUCAUCCAGUCAGCUAGGCAGUGAGUCAGUCCCAUCCUUCACGUCCAGGGAGGGGAUCCAGGCGCCUCAGUGGAGAUGCAGACCUUCCUAAAAGGCCGGAGAGUCGGCUACUGGCUCAGUGAGAAGAAGAUGAAGAAACUGAAUUUUCAUGCUUUUGCAGAUUUGUGCAGGAAAAGAGGGAUAGAGGUCGUUCAGUUGGACCUCAGCCAGCCUCUGGAAGAGCAGGGUCCCCUGGACGUCAUCAUCCACAAACUGACGGACCUCAUCCUGGAGGCAGACCAGAAUGAUUCUCAGGCUGUGCUGCUUGUGCAAAGAGUGCAGGACUACAUCGACGCCCACCCCGAGACCAUCGUCCUGGAUCCCCUGCCAGCUAUCAGGACUCUGCUGGACCGCUGCAAAUCUUACCAGCUCAUCCACAGGAUAGAAAGCUGUAUGCAAGAUGAGAGGAUUUGCUCUCCUCCGUUUAUGGUGCUCAACACCGAGUGCAACCCGGAUGUGCUCGAGCAGAUCAGGAAGCACGGACUCACGUUCCCCUUCAUUUGCAAAACUCGAGUGGCUCAUGGAACCAACUCCCAUGAGAUGGCUAUUAUCUUCAGUGAGGAUGACCUGAAGGAUGUAAAGCCCCCCUGCGUCAUUCAGAGCUUCAUCAACCACAAUGCAGUGCUCUACAAGGUGUUUGUUGUGGGGGACUCGUACACGGUGGUGGAGAGGCCCUCCCUCAAGAAUUUCCCCGCCGGACCUGCAGACAGGAAAGCCAUUUUCUUCAACAGCCACAACGUUUCCAAGCCGGAGUCGUCCUCAGACUUAAACUCGAGGGAGAACGUAGAGGGUGUAUCUCAGCCUCCAAGCGACGACGUCAUCCGAGAACUGUCCAGGUCCUUGCGGCAGGCGCUGGGCGUGUCCUUGUUCGGCAUCGAUGUCAUCAUCAAUAACCAAACUGGCCAACAUGCCGUCAUCGACGUCAAUGCCUUCCCAGGUUACGAGGGCGUCCCCGAGUUCUUCGGCGACCUGCUCAACCAUAUCAGCAGCGUGCUCCCGAGCCACGUCGGCCCCUCCGACCCCCCUCCCGCCAGCGAGCCGCCCAAAGGCGUGAGCGGCCCCGCGGCCGCCGACACCCCCCCGUGGAUCGUGGAGGGCGACGCGGGACUGAAGGGUGCGCGUCAUCAGCGGCUGGGCUGCAGCUCGCCCAUGUCGCCCAACUUCCAGCAGCACUGCGUGUCAACUAUUGCCACCAAGGCCUCCUCCCAGUGACUUUGUCUCCCCCACCCCCCACCUCUUGCUGGAAAAACACAUCACAACGGUGACAAUAACAAUGAAUAAUAAUCAUAAUAAUUAUGACGUUAAUGAUAUCUAAUCACAACCUUUUCCCGUGUAGUUCUUGCAAACGAUGAUGAUUGGGUGUAAAGCUUUUUUCUCUCA